CAAAGGCGAACGGGAAAUCGGAAAGCGGAUUCAACGAAAACGAAUUUGAGGAACACGGUUUGUGAGGCCUUGCUAGGUGUUUCCGCACGGUUUUGCGGCUUCUCUACUCCCAGAAACCACCCGAAAAAGUUGCCGCCUCGCCGACAUGCCGACCGUUAUCGCGCUCGAUGUGUCGCUGUCGAUGACGCGGCCGAUCCCGAACCCCGGCUUGAAUAGCGGAAGUGUGAUUACAGAAAAUACGCCCACGUAUCACCAGGUGGCAGUGCAGGGCAUAAAUUGCAUCCUGGAUCAUCUCUGCAAGCAUGCCCGGCUGGAAUUUGUUUCGCUGGUCAUCUACUCUUCACUGUACGAGGUGGUGGUGGACUUUACGCGUGAUUACGAUAGCAUACGGCAGGCACUGCACAAGAUCGAACACUACGACAAGACGAACGUCGAGGGUGUCCUGGUGGCGAUCAACAAUGCCUUCCGGACGCACUGGGGCAGCGAGAACUACUGUCAGAUCAUUUGCAUCACGGACUGUGGGGUAGGGAUGGGUCCUACGUCCCUCAAGAACACGAUCAUCAACAUCCAGAACUAUAAGGCACAGUGUGUUACAGCGGCAGCGGCAGUAGUAGCAGCUGCAGCAGCAGCAGCAACAACAGCCACUAGCACCUCGUCUGCCGCAACUGCUGCCGGAGAUAACAGUACGACAUCGGGCAAACCGCAUCCAACGGAAAACCAGUGGAUCGGUUUCUCCUAUCCAAGCAAGCUCUCGUUCAUGUGUCUCGGUAGCCUAGCGACGGAUUCCGCGUUUCGCUACGGUACCAAAUUGUACCAGCAGCUGCUCGAUGUGAGUGGUCAACGAGGUCAGCUGUUCUUGCCUCGGCUCAAGCACGAAGAGGCGACCGAUGAAUCGGGCCUGACCGGUGACGGUGCUGAUGGGACAGAAGAGGAUGCCAGAACUCAGCGCCACCUAACGCGCACGUCCGCACUGGAGAUGUUUGAAACGAUGUGUGACACUAAUUAUCGACAGUUCGAGGCUACACUGCGCUGUGGAGGAUACUUUCGGCUCGAGGGUCCUAUUGUCGUGUGGCCAGCUCCUUUGCCAUACACGGCGCGUGACGUAUUGGGGGGUGAGACGACGAAACUAAUGUCCCGCCGGCUGGAAGUUUGCGGAUUCCUUGCACUGGCCGAUAUUGGUUCACCGAUGUCCAUCAGCCGGCAUUUGAUUCUGCCACGUAAUCCUGGCGGUGUCGCUACGGUUAAGGUAUCGACUGAUGUGACGAUUAAGGUGGAGCAUGGCGUUGACGGUAACACCAAACAGCGCACCCUCUCAUCCGGUGGUCCUCCCGCCGUUGGCAGCGACGGUAUAGGAGUUGCAGCAACGGGUGUCAAGAACGGACACGCAACGCUUCCCACUCCCGAAGAAAGGCUCGAGGCGGACAUAAAGGUUUUCUUCGCUAAAUCGGAUACCGGUAGCAACAGCAACAGUAGCAGCGCUUCCGGCGAUCAUCACCAUCAUCAUCACCAUCAUGGUCAACACCAUCACCAUCAGCAGCAGCAGCAGCAGCAGCAUCACGACGACCAACUCGAGGAUGUUAACCGUGAAUCCGUCUGCGUGUUACUGCACGGUGCCCUGAAGGUGGAAAACAUGGCCGCGCUAGUGCUGCUCGGUGAAGGUUGGUAUGGGUUUAUCUACUCGUACGCGGAUGGAAAGAAGAAAUCGAAUCUGAUGCUGAACGUACUACCACCGGGUAACGACGUGGUACCGUGGCUUGGCGAUCUACGCUAUCUGGGUACACUCGAAGAUGCACUACCAGGCGAGAAUCCAGCGUUCCCGAUCAAGGCGGAGAAGCGCAGCUACUCGCAAAAUAUUGUCGUGUGGAUCCGGCAAGCUGGCCUACAGUCCGACAUUCAGAAGGUACUGCGCCAUGCGAAGAAGCUACCGGAGAAAACGCAACAGUUUUACAAGGAGUUGAACCGUCUUCGCAGGGCUGCCCUAUCGCUGGGUUUCGUAGAGUUGCUCGAGGGUCUGGCACACAUUUUCGAGCGCGAGAUGAGCACGCUGCCGAUGAGCGCUUCGCCCGAUUGUGCGCUCCAGCUGACGCACGCCGCCACCGAGCUUCGAAAGCAAACGAAUCGCGAUCCCAAGUCCGUUAUUCACGCUCUACCCACAAAGUACAAUCAGCUCGGUUAGGUUAGAUAUGGAGACAGACUGUGCGUUAAGGCGUUUAGGAUUAGGGAUUUCUUUCAAAAUAAAAGUUGAGAAUCAUGUUUCAAAUAUUGUUUAUUCUCGCUUUCCGCUCUCUCUCUCUCUCUCUGUCUGUCAGCCUCUCUGCUUCGUUGCCCUCGCCAUGUGCUACCAAACAGCUCCGUGGUGACCACGCGCCACUCUCUCGGUCUCGGUUCCUUCAAUCAAUGAAUGAUCAUUUAAUAUAAUAUAGUAGUAUACAUUUUCACCAUCUUUCCAGUAUGGUUUUGCCCGUCUUCAUCGGCCGCCUUUUCUCCUUCGCUUUUACGUAUAUUCGUUUCGUUCCUCCUCUUUCGACUGUUUGUCACUUGAGUAGCUUUAACUGUAAAGAUUUGUGCUUCUCCUCUCGGGCCUCUCUGCACCUCUCGAAAUGAAUUUUACAUAGCUUUCAAUUUUGUCUUACUGCUUUCUAAUGCUUUCCUCGUUUUCUUGUUGUUGUUCUUCCUUUUUGUCUGCUUACCUUUUCGUAUAUUUCUCUUUUGUUUUUGGUGUGUUUUGAGUGCCUUCGUUCAGCCGUUUGCCACCUUCAGCUUGAACCGAGAAAAAGAUAAUGCUAAUGGUUUUGGUUUUUUGCCUACAUACCUAUCCCGUUCUAAUGCUGUUCGUGUCUCAAUGAACGAAGUUGCUGUUUUAGUUUUCAAUUUUUUUUGCGAAAGCAUUUUAAGUAUACCAACUCUUCUCUUAUUCGCCAUUUUUGUUCCUUUUUUUCUUUUUGCUUUUUUUUCGAGGUAAGCCCUUUGUAGUGAUUUUGCAAUGAGAUUUUCAAGUUCCUCUUGUUCCUCGUCGCCUUUCGCUCGUAAUAAUAUUAAUAAGAUCUAAAGUUUCCGUUGUUACGUAUUUUAACUGAAGGUAGGUUUGUGUGUGUGCUUCCUUUUCUUCUCGCUCUUUUGCUUAUCUUCGAGACCGGCAAUGGGAACAUGUGACCUGCUCCGAUUAUUAAACACUAGUUCGUAUUCGUCUCCACCUGAGCCCAACUGACUGCUCUCUUUCUGUUUAAUGGCACGGAAGUUGCUUAGUUGGUUGGUUGGUUGGUUGGUUAAUUCUACCACCACGGCCACAGGAUCUCUAUCUUCCUGCUGCCCCCUGCUGUCUCCUCGAAUCGAUCUCCUGAACUAAAAGGCACCAUAACUCCGGUGCAAGAAGCUCAGCACUGCCAAUCGAAAUCUGACAUUCGUGAAAUGAGCACGAGCUGGCAUUUACCUCUGACCAAAAGCGCCAGGUCCGGAAAUAAUUUUCUUGCUUCUCUCCCGGAACCGUCUGCGAGCGCUGACAGGGGCUCCAUUACGGGGACGCACGCUUUUCCCCGCGGGUUAAUAAUAGGAACGAGUCGAGAUUGGCACUCAGGAAUCAAGGGCCCCCUUCAACAGAACCCUAUAACCCCGAAAGGGUAAGCAUUGCGUGGCCACUUGCGCUCAAGGUCUACCGCCCGCAUCAUCAUGGACGGCGGCAGGAUAUUCGGAGUCACGCAACCGCCGAAAAGUGAAACCGAAAGUGGUAAAACCGAUUGUGUGUGACCGUGGCCAGCAAAUUGGCCAACUUUCCGUUUUGAAGAAAACAAACAAAGUAAGAACGAAAUGGAAGAAUAAAAUGGUAACUAUUUUUUCUUUCUUAGGAAGCACACAUUGCCAUGGUUAGUGGUCAGUGGACGCUCGCUCUGUUCGAGGACCACGAGGUUUUCACUGUCCCCUGUCUACUUCCUUCCACACCUCUGUAGUAAGGACGGUGGCGUGUGCAUGGCAUGGUAUGGCGCUGGACAGAUUCGUCGGAGUUGUGCACGUUCCAACAUUCCGUUUUUUUGUGUGUGUGAUGCAAUGCUUGUAACAUUCCACGUGCUACCACAUUUAUCGCACUAGUAUACUUGAGUUAUUAACUGUGGCCUGAACAAGCGAUUGAUGGCGGAUUGGCCACUGUAGUAGUAAGUAGCAGCUGAAGCCAGAGAGGUUAGAAGAAGCCAGCAUUUGGAAUCUGGUUAGGAGAAGCCGGAAUAGAAGAUCGAUCUGGGGCUGUACAUGAUGCGUAUGAAACGUAGAAAGUGCUGGCAUGAUUAUGCCAGAUGCUGCUGCUACCACCACAGUGACUCAUCUGGCCAACGAUCGCCUGUAUCACCCGGAUCCUCGCAUU